CUCGCUGCCAAGCGCCGUGCAGGGGAGCGACGCUUCUCAUGAGACGUGGGGCUUGUGGGAAAGCCCUUGCUCUCUGUGUUUUGAUCCGAGCUGCUGAACUGCCGUCGUCGCCUCCUCCCUCUUGCAUUCUUCCUGCCGGCGGAAUGCCCCUCCCGCUGGUAGAUAUUUAGCGACAUCAAAGCACCGACCUUGCUUUGGGCUUUCCCCGCCACACACUUCUUCUUCCAGCCUAGCCCAGUGCCUGUGAGAUUACUUGCUGUUGUCCGCAGAAAACUCGUUCAUGAUUUCAUCAGACGGUGAAGACGAACUGUACAGUGAGAGGACGGCUCUGAUAUCAGCCAACGCCUCCACCAUGCCCUCCCACCAGAAUAUGGACGGGGUGCAUGGCCCCAGCGACACGCGGACUAACCGGCGCAGGUCGGCAGCCAGUCGCCCCACGAACCCGUCGGAAGGGAGCGAGGGCUCAGGGGGUGGGCCUGCAAGCAGGGAUGCGGGCGGAGAAGGUGAGGAAGAGGAGGAGGAGCUGAUCCUGAAGUACGGGGCGAAGCACGUCAUCAUGCUGUUUGUGCCGGUCACUCUGUGCAUGGUGGUGGUGGUGGUGACAAUCAAGUCGGUCAGCUUUUACACGAGGAAGGACGGGCAGCUAAUCUACACCCCGUUCACAGAGGAUACCGAUUCGGUCGGGCAGCGGAUUCUCAACUCUAUCCUUAACACUUUGAUCAUGAUCAGUGUUAUUGUUGUAAUGACAAUAAUUCUUGUUUUUCUUUACAAGUAUCGAUGUUACAAGUUUAUUCACGGAUGGUUGAUCCUCUCCUCUCUGCUGUUACUUUUCCUCUUCACCUACAUAUACUUAGGUGAAGUGUUUAAGACGUACAACGUGGCCAUGGACUACCCCACCCUGAUCCUCAUCAUUUGGAACUUUGGAGCGGUUGGAAUGAUUUGCAUCCACUGGAAGGGUCCCCUCCAGCUGCAGCAGGCAUACCUCAUCAUGAUCAGUGCACUGAUGGCCCUGGUCUUCAUUAAAUACCUUCCUGAAUGGUCAGCCUGGGUCAUUCUUGGUGCAAUAUCUGUUUAUGAUCUUAUUGCAGUGCUGUGCCCCAAAGGCCCCCUGAGGAUGCUCGUAGAGACAGCCCAGGAGAGGAAUGAACCAAUUUUCCCAGCCUUGAUAUAUUCAUCCACCAUGGUCUGGCUGGUGACGAUGGCAAAGCGAGACUUGGGGACAGAGGAGCCUCUGAAUGACCCAUGCAAUUCAGAGAAUUAUCCCGAUGUGGAUAUUGAGGUGAACCACGAAGCUGCCCAAGGAUGGGAUGACAUCACCAAUUUACCCCAGGCCCAGGUCGAGGGGGUGCACCGUUCAGCUUCAGAGGAACCGGAGGAGGAAAAGGGCGUGAAGCUAGGCUUGGGAGACUUCAUCUUCUACAGCGUCCUUGUGGGCAAGGCUGCGGCAGGUGCCAGCGGAGACUGGAACACAACCUUGGCCUGCUUCAUCGCAAUUCUCAUUGGAUUGUGCCUCACCCUCUUGCUGCUGGCCGUGUUUAAGAAAGCCCUGCCGGCCCUUCCUAUCUCCAUCACCUUUGGCCUGGUGUUCUACUUCUCCACUGACAACCUGGUGCGUCCUUUCAUGGACACUCUUGCUUUUCACCAGUUUUAUAUUUAGGAAGCAAAUGACACUUGAAUAAAACCUCGCCUUGAGCUGGGUGCAAAGUUGGGGAAACACCUGCAGCAAUGUUACACUGUAGAACUUCAGAAGAAAAACAAAAUAUUAUCAUUUAUAUAUAUUUGUUGUAAUUUAAUGAUGAAAGUGGUGCAACCAUUUUGAUUCUGGCAAGCAGACUGUCAGUUAAGAUCCAUUUUUGUGGUGUCUUCAUAGAAACAAAUUAUAAAAGCAGGUCUAUUAGUAACUGAAAUGUAUUUAGUUAGUCAUCCUUCUGACUAGCCAUCAAGGAUUUAAAGGUGGUGUCCUACAAAACGCAACCCUUGUAUCAAUGAGAAACCUUAGGUUCUUGAUCCCUUUAAGACUGAGGGUAGAAUUUAAAGGCAAUAUAAAGUGGAACAGGGGUCAAAUGAGGAGUUAAUUAUUCCAACAUUCUCACUUGUUUCAGAAUAAUUGCAUCUCAUCCUCAUUACCUUACAUUUUGUGAGCUGAGGUAUUGGGGAACUGGUACCCCAAGUUAAAAUGAAGGGAGUAGCAUCUAUCCUACA